UACUCUAUUGUGACGAUCUGGAACACUUGCAGAGGUCACAUUUAGUGUCCCUCUGUCAGCAUGCGUGUGUCUUCCAGGUUUUACAUUAAAUAAUUCCAAACACAUGACUCGUUUAAAUAAAACUUCCAUUGAUAGUGUUUAAUUUGUAUCGACUUAUACUUGUUUCCGUAAAAGCGUAAAGAAUGCCUUCUGAUCAAACGAUGACAGUAGAGGAGAUGGGGCAAGUUUUACAAAGCUUCUCGGUGUCGGACUACAUUGUGUUUGUCCUCAUGCUAAUCGUCUGUGCGGGUAUUGGAGUCUACUUCGGAUUCAUCGAGAAAGCAGCGUCUACCGAGGAUUAUCUGGUUGGAGGAAGAAAGAUGACCGUCAUUCCGAUUUCUCUGUCUCUCAUAGCGAGUUACAUCUCCGGGAUAACGCUGCUAGGGACACCAACAGAAGUGUACGUGUACGGCAUGCAGUAUCUCUACACAAUAGGUGGAGUAUUCAUCAUGGGUCUGGUCAUGAGCCACUGCUAUCUGCCAGUCUUCCAUGAUCUAAAGCUUACUUCUUCUUAUGAGUACUUAGCACUUCGUUUUGAUAAGAGAGUCCGCCUUCUGGGAUCUGCCCUGUUUUGUAUUUCAAUUUUGAUUUGGCUUCCCUUGGUGAUAUAUGUUCCUGCAUUAGCUUUUAAUCAAGUUUCUGGAAUUAAUGUGCAUAUUGUUACUCCACUUGUGUGUAUCAUCUGCAUAUUUUACACCUGCGUUGGCGGAAUCAAGGCAGUUGUGUGGACAGACGCCGUUCAAACAUUCUCCAUGUUCGGGGCAAUGCUGCUUGUGAUUGUCAAAGGAACCUCAGAUGUCGGCGGGUUCCUGCAAGUGAUACAAAGAAACAUCGACAGUCAGCGACUCGAGGGUCCUGAAUGGAGCCUAGAUGUGACCACUAGACACACUGUGUGGGGACUUGUCAUCGGCGGCUGUGUCGGAUGGCUGCAGACUAACGCUGUAGGACAAACAAUGAUCCAGCGGUAUCUGGCCCUGCCAACCAAACGUCAGGCUGUCCAAGCUGUUUGGAUAUUUGUGUUUGGAUCUACGAGCCUAGUAGUGUUGUGUUCGUACAGUGGGUUGCUGAUCCAUGCGAAAUACUUCGACUGCGAUCCCCUCACCACUCAGUUAGCCAAAGCCAAGGAUCAGCUGUUACCAUUGCUAGUCAUGGAUACUCUUGGGUCUAUUCCUGGCCUGCCUGGUCUCUUUGUUGCUGGUGUCUUCAGUGCGGCUCUCAGUUCGAUGUCCACUGGAUUAAACUCGAUGUCGGCUGUCGCGUUGGAAGAUUUCUACAAAUCGUACAUAGACUCCAGUCCCAGCAAGAGACACAGUAACCUCCUGGUCCGCAGUGUAGUAGUUGUCGUGGGUGUCGUGUGUGUACUCAUGGUCUACAUAGUCGAGAGAUUGGGAUCAGUUCUUCAGCUAGCAAUCAGCUUAAGUGCAAUACCCAGUGGACCUUCAAUUGGAAUUUUCACCAUGGGAAUGUUUAUUCCCCAGAUAAACUCUACUGGAGCACUAAUUGGGGGUUUCUCGAGCUUAGCGUUCAUGUCUUGGUUAGUCAUAGGUGCACAAUAUGCUAUUGCGCAAGGAAAAUUGAGAUUUGAACCUAAAGCAGUAAUAUCUACUGGAUGUGAUUACGCCUUUAAUGCCACAGCAAAAGCUGUGAUAAUCGAUGAGACACAAGAGGUUUGGCCGCUGUUCCGACUGUCGUACAUGUGGUACACUCUGGUGGGAGCGAGCGUCUCCAUCGUUGUGGCUGUCAUUGUCAGCUUGAUCUUCUCCUCAGGCCAAACUGAGGACUUGCCACAUAAACUUUUUUCUCCGGUGAUACACAAAUACCUUUCGCCUCCAAAAGAAAAAGAGAGGAAACAUGAAAUUCCGAUCAUCAGUAUUAUUACUGCAGACAACAGCUGAAACCAUUAUUUUACAUGCAAUAUCUGUGGAGGAUAUAGAAGACUGUGGAGUUUAUAGAACUUAUUUGAUAUUAAUAAUAUUAGUAUUAGUUUUACUUAAGACUUCAACAUUAAAGGCUAAAAUAUUAAAUAUAAUGACACAAAAUUAUAAUAGGAUGUUGAACUAAGAUAAUUAUCAGACAAAUAUUGUUUAAUGAGGCACCUCUUCUGAUAAAUGUACAAAAUUGUAUCUAUGUUAUGAAAUUAAUUAUUGAUUGUUAAUUGUAUACAAUAUACUCUUUGUUGUAUUAUAAUGUAAUAACGAUUUGUAACAACUUCUUUUCAU